AUGGUCGACCGUCUUGCUUGGACGCUGCUGCUGCUUCCUCUGGCCGCCGCCGAACCCGCCGCACUGCACCGCUCCACCGCGCCCUCCACCAGCUCUACCGCCGCCACCACUGCCACCACCACCCCCGCCACCUUCACCACCGCCGCCUCCACCACCCCCGGCUCCGCCACCGCCCCCCCCACCACCAGCACCACUCCCACCACCGCCGCCACCGCCGCCGCCCCCUCCACCCCCUCCACCACUACCUCCCCCGCCGCCACCUCCGCCACCCCAGCCCCCCUUGCCCUUGCCGCCCUUGCACCGCCCACUGGGAGCGUACGCAGCUCCGACCCCCUCAGCACCUAG